AUGCCGCGGCCGGGAAAGAGCUCGUACAGCGACCAAAAGCCGCCCUACUCGUAUAUCUCGCUGACCGCCAUGGCCAUCCAGCACUCUGCGGAUAAGAUGCUGCCCCUGAGCGACAUCUACAAGUUCAUCAUGGAGCGCUUCCCCUACUACAGAGAGCACACACAGCGCUGGCAGAACAGCCUGCGCCACAACCUCUCCUUCAACGACUGCUUCAUCAAGAUCCCGCGGCGGCCGGACCAACCUGGGAAGGGGAGUUUCUGGGCUCUGCACCCGGACUGCGGAGACAUGUUCGAGAACGGCAGCUUCCUGCGGCGCCGCAAGCGCUUCAAGGUGCUGCGCUCGGACCACGCGCACCUGCACGCGGGAAGCAGCAAGGGAGCGCCGGGCACCGGGCCCGCGGGUCACCUGCAUCCUCACCAUCCGCACCACCCGCACCACCACCAUCACCACCACCACGCUGCGGCUCACCACCAUCACCACCACCCACCCCAGCCGCCGCCUCAGCCGCCGCCACCGCACAUGGUGCACUACUUCCACCAGCAGCCGCCCUCCGCCCCGCAGCCGCCGCACCUCGGGUCCCAGGCCCCUCAGCCGCCGCAGCAGUCCCAGCCGCAACAGCCGUCUCAUCCCGGCAAGAUGCAGGAGGCGGCGGCCGUGGCGGCGGCGGCAGCUGCGGCGGCGGCGGCGGCCGUGGGCAGCGUGGGGCGCCUGUCUCAGUUCCCACCCUACGGGCUGGGCUCCGCCGCCGCCGCCGCCGCAGCCGCCGCCUCUACCUCCAGCUUCAAACACCCCUUCGCCAUCGAGAACAUCAUCGGCCGGGACUACAAGGGCGUGCUGCAGGCCGGCGGCUUGCCCUUGGCCUCUGUCAUGCACCACCUGGGCUACCCGGUGCCAGGCCAGCUGGGAAACGUCGUCAGCUCGGUGUGGCCUCACGUUGGCGUCAUGGAUUCGGUGGCCGCGGCCGCCGCCGCAGCAGCAGCAGCUGGGGUCCCCGUAGGCCCGGAGUACGGGGCCUUCGGGGUGCCAGUCAAGGCCCUGUGCCACUCGGCAAGCCAGAGCCUGCCGGCCGUGCCCGUGCCCAUCAAGCCCACGCCUGCGCUGCCGCCGGUGACCGCGCUGCCGCCCGCGCUCACUGUCCCCGCCGCGUCCCAGCAGCUGCCCGCUCCGUCCUCCGUGUGCUCUGCGGCCGCUGCCUCGCCCGCGACCCCUCUCCUGGAGCCCACGGCCCCCAGCGGUGACAGCAAGGGCGGCUCGCUGCACUCGGUGUUGGUGCACUCCUAG